ACCACACCCACUGGCGCUGGCCACCAGCAACGGCCUGCGAUGCAUCCCUUUGCAUCCUACGUCUUGCGGACGUACUACAAAGCAACAGGAUGGAAUGAAGACAACCUCUACGCCAACCUGACCAGGUCUUCCAAUGCCGUUCUCGACUUCACCGUCCCUAGAGGACUCCACUUCACAGUCUCUAAAUCACCGAAUCCACUCUUUAAAACAACGUACUCGAUGACUGCUAUGCCUUCACUGAGCGGUUCACUCGGAUAUAUCUUCACCUCGUGCGACUUGAAUGUAUUGUCCUCCGGCACCGUCAGGUUCAAAGACAUGCUAGACCGAUUCAAAGUAUACGACCAGCCUCGGAGGCCCGAAGGGAAGGAGGAAGAAUGGUUGGCUGGUGAACGUGUCGAUACUCGCGAUUACUUGCUCUAUGGCAGGUUCUACCUCCCGUCUGGCCGACUAGAUGCUCUGUACUCUACACGACUGUCACCUACAGUCCAACUCUCCGUUGCUGCCAUCUCCGACCCUAUCUCGGGUACGCCAGUAGACGGACGGAGGAGAACCGACCCCAGUAACAUCAUGUUGAACCUCCAGCACGACGUUGGGAAGUGGUGCACCGAGUACACGUACAGUGCUGAAGAUAGCAUGUGGGGCGUUAGGUUCCUACACAACUUUGGUCGAUUGGCUCCUUCCUCUUGGGAGACUACCAAUGGGGAGAAUGGCACGAAUACCUCUGCUCCGGGGAACGCCAGUAAUAGUAGAGCGGGAGUGAAGCGGGUGGAUGAAGAGGAUGCGGUUGAAGGCGGACUGAGAGGGAGAGUUUCCGUUGGUGCCGAACUUUAUUUCAGUGCCAAGGAGCGUAGUGCUGGAGUAUCAACAGGCAUCCGCUUCUCAACGAUGCCAGACGCGACACCACCUUCAGCCCAAAUACCCCCUCCAUCACCUUUCACACCCGACCCAACCACCUCCGGACCCUCACCCGCCCUUCUUAACCCCCGACCAUAUCCCCAACCCCCCACUACAAUCACUGCUCUAUUUAACCCCAUGCUCGGACAUAUACAAAGUGCCUACACAGCUCGCGUAUCUCGAGACCUGGCUUUGGCUACCAGAUUCGACUUUAAUGUGUACAGUUACGACAGCGAGUGGACGAUGGGUGCGGAGUGGUGGUUGCGACGGUCGCCUCGCUCGUCGACAGAUUCCGGUGAGGAGGGAGCAGAAAAGCCCAGCUAUCCUUCGCCAUUGGGCGAGGUGCAUGGAGUUGUGAAAGCUAGGGCCUCGACCAAUAACGACGUCUCCUUGAUGUGGGAAGGUCGUAUAAGACAAAUGUUGGUCAGUCUGGGUGUCGUCUCCGACCUCUCGAGUCGUGCCAAACCUAUAAAAGCCAUCGGAAUCGAAGUGUCGUAUUUCAGCUCCGAGUAG